GGAGCAGCCAUCACAGAAGUCCACUGGGUCCUGGGUCCUAGCAGGAUGGCUUCCCAUCGGCUGUUCCUCCUUUGCCUCGCUGGGCUGGUAUUUGUGUCUGAGGCUGGCCCUACGGGCCCUGGAGAACCCAAAUGUCCUCUGAUGGUCAAAGUCCUCGAUGCUGUCCGAGGUAGUCCUGCUGUCGAUGUGACAGUGAAAGUGUUCAAAAAGGCUGCUGAUGGGACCUGGGAGCCCUUCGCUGCUGGGAAAACGGCUGAAACUGGGGAGCUGCAUGGACUCACGACACACGACAAGUUUGUGGAAGGAGUGUACAGAGUGGAACUAGACACCAAGUCCUACUGGAAGACACUUGGCAUUUCCCCCUUCCAUGAAUAUGCAGAGGUGGUUUUCACAGCCAACGACUCUGGGCACCGCCACUACACCAUUGCUGCCCUGCUCAGCCCCUACUCCUACUCCACCACCGCUGUCGUCAGCAACCCCCAGGAGUGAGGGGCCUGACCCAGGACGGCCAGGAGCUCCAGCUUGUGGUAGAAUUCCGUUUGUACUGAAACAGUGUUCUUGGUCUAUAAACUAUGUUAGGAACUCGGGAAGACACCAGGAAACCUUCCUAUUAAAGCACUUGUCAUUUCAUUUGAACUUCA